AUGAAUCCUAAAACAAUUGUAAGUGAAAUGAAUGGGCUUUCAGACUCAAUUAUUAUUGGUUAAUCUGGAACAUAUUGUAAAUUCAGUAGGGCCUUAGAUCUUACGAAAAAAGAAUGGUCCCAUUUAAAAUUGAAUAGAAAGGGGGUAGUGAUCGGAUUAUCUAAUUCAACAUUUGUUAUGAAUGCUUAAAAUGAUUCCAAAUGGAGGGUGUUUGACACUCAAAAAAGAAAUCUUUAUUGGCAUUUGAUGGGCAUACUCAACGGAUAAACUGGAUAGAAUCAUAAUCACCGAACACUUUUAUAACAGAAGCAGAUGAUGGUUAAGUUUAUUACUGGAUUUAUUAAGGACAAACUGCGAAAAUAUAGGAUAAAUGUACACUUUCAAAUAAACCCAUUUUAUCAGGUCUAAAUUUGCAAAAUAAUUCAUUUGCAUUUCUAGAUGCUGAUGGAAGAUUGGAAUAUAAAGAGAUGA